UGUUGAAUGGGCUGCGCGGGCCCCGGUUUGAAGCUCUGGCGAACGCGGCCUCCGGGGGCGCAAGGCAGCAGCAGCGGUGGCGACCAAACGGGUGUUGGAGUUGGCGGCGGCCAUGGAGGGCCUGGCUGGCUAUGUGUACAAGGCGGCCAGCGAGGGCAAGGUGCUGACUCUGGCCGCCUUGCUCCUCAAUCGGUCUGAGAGCGACAUCCGCUAUCUGCUCGGCUAUGUCAGCCAGCAGGGAGGGCAGCGCUCCACGCCCCUCAUCAUCGCCGCCCGCAAUGGGCACGCCAAGGUGGUGCGCCUGCUGUUGGAACAUUACCGGGUGCAGACUCAGCAGACGGGCACCGUCCGCUUCGACGGGUAUGUCAUUGAUGGUGCCACUGCUCUUUGGUGUGCAGCGGGAGCAGGACAUUUUGAAGUUGUUAAGCUUCUAGUCAGUCAUGGAGCCAACGUGAACCACACCACAGUAACUAAUUCAACCCCCUUGCGGGCAGCGUGCUUUGAUGGCAGACUGGACAUUGUUAAGUACUUGGUUGAAAAUAAUGCCAACAUCAGCAUUGCCAAUAAGUAUGACAACACCUGCUUAAUGAUUGCAGCAUACAAGGGACACACUGAUGUGGUCAGAUACCUUUUAGAACAACGUGCUGACCCCAACGCUAAAGCACAUUGUGGAGCCACAGCAUUGCACUUUGCAGCUGAAGCUGGGCACAUAGAUAUUGUGAAAGAGCUGAUAAAAUGGCGUGCUGCCAUAGUAGUGAAUGGCCACGGGAUGACGCCAUUAAAGGUAGCUGCCGAAAGCUGUAAAGCUGAUGUCGUCGAACUGUUGCUCUCUCAUGCUGAUUGUGACCGAAGAAGUCGAAUUGAAGCUUUGGAACUCUUGGGUGCCUCCUUUGCAAAUGACCGUGAGAACUAUGACAUCAUGAAGACAUAUCACUAUUUAUAUUUAGCCAUGCUGGAGAGGUUUCAAGAUGGUGACAACAUUCUUGAAAAAGAGGUUCUACCACCAAUCCACGCUUAUGGGAAUAGAACUGAAUGUAGAAAUCCUCAGGAGCUGGAAUCCAUUCGGCAAGACAGAGAUGCUCUUCACAUGGAAGGCCUUAUAGUUCGGGAACGGAUUCUAGGUGCCGACAAUAUUGAUGUUUCCCAUCCCAUCAUUUACAGGGGGGCUGUCUAUGCGGAUAACAUGGAAUUUGAGCAGUGUAUCAAGUUGUGGCUACACGCUCUGCACCUCAGGCAGAAAGGUAACAGGAACACCCACAAGGACCUUCUUCGAUUUGCUCAAGUUUUCUCACAGAUGAUACAUUUGAAUGAAACUGUGAAGGCCCCCGACAUAGAGUGUGUUUUGAGAUGCAGUGUCCUGGAAAUAGAACAGAGUAUGAACAGAGUAAGGAAUAUCCCGGAUGCUGAUGCGCACAGUGCUGUGGACAGCUACGAGUGUAACCUCUACACUUUUCUGUAUCUAGUGUGCAUCUCCACCAAAACGCAGUGCAGCGAAGAAGACCAGUGCAAAAUUAACAAGCAGAUCUACAACCUGAUUCACCUUGAUCCCAGAACUCGGGAAGGCUUCACCUUACUGCAUCUAGCUGUCAACUCCAAUACCCCAGUCGAUGAUUUCCACACUAAUGACGUCUGCAGCUUUCCAAACGCUCUGGUCACAAAGCUCCUGCUGGACUGUGGUGCUGAAGUGAACGCCGUGGACAAUGAGGGGAACAGUGCCCUUCAUAUUAUCGUUCAGUACAACAGGCCCAUCAGUGACUUUUUGACCUUGCACUCCAUUAUCAUUAGCUUGGUUGAAGCCGGCGCUCACACUGACAUGACAAAUAAACAGAAUAAGACUCCGCUAGACAAAAGUACAACUGGGGUAUCUGAAAUACUACUUAAAACUCAAAUGAAGAUGAGCCUCAAGUGCCUGGCUGCCCGAGCAGUUCGGGCUAACGACAUUAACUAUCAAGACCAGAUCCCCAGGACUCUGGAAGAGUUUGUUGGAUUUCAUUAAGUGACUGGAUAUGUAAAAUCGCUCAAUGUGGUGCUAAAAAGUAAAGGACUUUAAUCACAGACAAUAGAAUUAUGUGUUCCUAAAUUCUACUUUUCUUUUCACUGCCCUUCCUCCUAACCCAUCCUCCCUUCGUUCUGUAUUUGGCCUUCUUGCCUCUUGUGGUAAUCGGUUUCAGAUACACCUCAUGCAGAGUCAUGUUGUUUAGGUAUAACUAUAAAGAUGUUUGGACACUGGUCACUUAACUAUUUUUCUUUUUCUUUUUUUUUAAAGAAAUGAGUAUAACUUUGUAUAACAAAGGACAUUUAUGAUCAGAAGUUGAUAAUGUUUUAAACGGCUACCUAAAAAAGUAUUUCUGUUAAAAGCCUAUGUCAGCAUGUUAUCCACGCAGUAGUCUUGAGGAUUUAAUGAAGAAAAAGAUCUAAAAGGAACGUUAAAAAGACAUGGGAUCCCCAGGUGUUCUGUGCACGCCAAACUGCUGCAGACGGGUUUUCACUCUUCCAGUAUUUAUGUGAAGCGGAAGGACAGGAGGAUUUAAAAAAACAGAGCCGUGGAUUACUCUGAAAAAAUGUGCUAAUUUAGUAAUAUUCUCAAAUUUAUAAAGGUAAAUAAAUCUAUUGAAAUUGUAUUAUUCUGGGUGUUAUAUUCAGAGUAGUAAUAAUCUUAAAGCGGUUUUCAGAGAGUAUUGAUGUACUUUUGUCUUUAGACUUGAAUUCUAAAAUUCUUUUAAGUCUCUGUUUUAAUGUAAUUUAUCUAAAUUGCAGCAGUCUGCAUUAGCUCUCAGCUCCCAGACACGUAAAACUGAUGAUAAUCCCAAUAGAGUUACGCAGUCUAUUUUUGCUCCCUGUACGUUUCCCUUAUCCUCCUGUGUGGCGUCUUUGAAAAUUUGGAAGCUACUCUUCCAGAGGCCAUUUUUAGUGCUGCCUGAGUGCAGCUCUGCUCUGAAGCACACGGGGUUGCCAUGGGUCGGGAUGGACUCCACGGCAGAUGUUUGUGUAAUGAGGUGUUUAUGACAAAUGAAAGGGAACCUGGAUAUUUUAAUUUUAUUUUCAUAUUUUUUUUUUACUUAGUCGAUGACGAGAAGUAGAAGAAUCAUUAGUGUAGUAUUGGAAAUCAAAUGUUUUUGAUUAUGAAAAGUAAUUCAUGAUGCCAUUUUGAAAGGUAUUUCUAUCUGAGAGUGGCAUAUUUUUAACCACGAGAUGUUACUCAUUCCAGCAAGGCUGUACAGAGGCCUUUAUGUGUUUUGUUUUGUUGUAACUACCGCAUUUUAACUGUGAGGCUAAGAGUAUUCUGUGAUUAUUUUUUAAGCAUCACAGAAGUUCAAGUAAAGGUACACCCUUAUUUCUAUUGAUGUUAAUAAUGAGAAAGUAAAAUUAGCUUGUGUCUGUAUUUUUCUCUCUAGUGCCAAAUGAAUGCCUUAGCUCCUCAUAGUGCAUGGUACUGUAAGUGAAGACCUGCAGCUUUUUUUUUCUUUAAUGAAAAGCAUUAUAAUGAGUUGCAACAUCAGAUAGAAACUAAAAAACAAAAACAACUCUAAGGUUUCAAUUAACAUUUUUUGUAUGAAAAUUACUUUGUGAAAUAGAAAAGGUUGCAGUUGAAUCAGUAUAACACGUAAUGACCAAGCCAAAAUCAGCACCUAGGGCCUUAAAUAAAAUAGAGAUACCCUCCAAAAUGAAAUCCUUUGCAGGGUGGGAGGGAAUGGAAGGGAAGGGCUUUAAAACCUCUCCCCGCCCCCCACCAAGAAUGCCAGAUACUUUUACAGUCACUAUAUUAUACUUUGUGUGUCUUCCUGCUUGAGUUAGGAAUGUUCUGAUGAUAAAUUCUGCCGUGGCAGUAGAUUUCUGUUUUCCCAGCCUGAGAUUUUACGGGGAAGGUUUUUAGAAUGGUUUAAAAGGGGGAGGUAUUUUGAAUGAGCCCUAAUUUGAAAUUACUGGCCUUGAUCUUCCUGGGAUGUAUCAAGUAAAUACUGUACCUUGCUCUUGGUAGCUCUUGAGGCCUGAGAGAGAAAAUGUACUUCCUUAAGGUGAGUGAAUCAUGCCUUUUCCACAACUCAGGUUGGACCUUUUAUUUUUUGACUUCAAGGCCUACUUAUUUGACAGUUUAAGGAAUAGUUAGUACCCAUUAAUGUAUAUGAUUUUUAAACACCAAAACUUAAAAUAUCAGAUAACAUUGCAUGUUUUAAAAACACAUUUCAUCCCUUUGGCUACCCAGGACGAGCACCAUUUUAGAUAUUAUUUUUAAAAUGAGGCUAAUGAUCCUAUGUGCAUAUUCAUACAUUAAAGUUUAAUGACACUCGAAGGUUUCUGAGAAGAGAGCACUGAAUGCUGGCAAAAGUACAACUGUGCUGACUGAGAUGCUGGCCAGGUUGGAGCAAGAAUUUGAAGAUAGUAGAAUAAGCUAUGAAUUGUGCUGAUGGUAACUGAUGAUUUGUUUACGAUAGUAUAGUGGUACCUCGCGUGUUGUAUUGCUAAGGCUGUCGUGUAAAAUAAAUUCAAAUAUGUAUUGUGAAGCGUCUUUAUAAAACCAUUCUGGAAACAAGUGAUCUAAAUGCCUGUUUUUAAAAUUUUUUGGGCGGGAGGGGUAGAAUUAUUUUAAAAUGUGUUCAAAGCCUUUCCAAACUUGUGUGUUUUUUUCUUUUUUUUUUUUUAAAUGAAAAUAAAUAGGUAAGAAAGGUGAUAGUUCUGUAUCUCAGCUCUUUUCUCUUUCCCAGCCCCUUCUGUCACUUUAUAUUUGUUAUUGGUAGAAUUAUGCCUUGGACUGUAACUCUCAGUAAUUGUCAUAAAAAUUUGGGUACACUAGAGGCCCAGGUGGAUGCUUUCAUUUGCAAACCACGUGAAACUGAGAUGGGUUUUGUCCUUUGAGUACAGCUGGUGAGAAUAAACUCUUGCAUUUAGUAACUGUUUAACUCAAGGAAUGGGCAGCAGAUCCACCCCCCCAGUUGGUAGAGAAAGGAGGGGGACAUUAUUCCACAGAAGAACUGUGCCACUGACGUAGUUUUUUUCACUCCACCCUGGAUUGCUCUAGUAGGUCACAGUCCAACUGCCUCCAGGUCCUUAGCUCUGGGAACUUUAAACAAACCAAAAAGCAGACUUGGUCUCGCUUGAUUCUGGGAUGGGUUUUAUUUAAUUGUACUAAUAGCUGAUUAAUAACUGGUAAUGAGAAACCUAGAUGAUGUGAUAGCUCUGUUGGAAUAAAAGAUGAUUUGGGGGCUGCAGCUCCCCAAGUACCAACUCUGUAUUUGGCAAGGGUCCUUGAAAAUUACUACCCCAAGGGAACAGCACCCUGUCACCAGUUAGCACUGUAGCUGAGGCAGCUACCUGAUGAAAAAGACCAGUCGGGCUUAUUCAAGCAGAAGCAUUUCUCUUUUUGGAAGGGGGUGAGGCGGGAAGUGAAUUGCUGGUUUAGAAGCAGCCAGUGCUUGACUAGUGAGUAAAAAAAAAAAAAAAAAAAGAUGGGUAAAA